AUGUCUUCUGUUAGGCAAUCUCCCUCUCAUCGGCCGCGGCGACCUAGCUAUUCUGACUCAAUGGCCUGUUUUUCUCUUGACGAAACUUCACUCGAGUUUCGUCAGCUGCGCCUGCUCGUGGCUGCCACGGGAACCCGGCACUCUUCGUGGGCUCAACCGCUCGUGGUGCGACUUUCUAAGGAUCGCCGUAUAGAGAUGAGAGCUGUGGUUGAUGAUCCUUCUCCGAGAUUGAACCAGCUGGUCAUCACCAUUCAAAACUCACCUCUAGGCGGUGCGCAGCUUGAUUCAGAAGGUUCUCUUCUCAGGCAGUCUGGACUAAACAUCUGUGAUCUAGUCGACUGGGCUGAUCUCCUGGUUUGUGUACCGCUUGAUAUGAACAGCAUUGGCAAAAUGUUGGCCGGAGUGGCAGACACCUUCCUUGAAGACCUCUUGAGAAACUGGAACAAGGCCGAGAAAGGUGUGAUUAUGGUGCCUGGAAUGGAUGACAGCAUAUGGCUAAGUCCACUGGUCCAACAGCAGCUGGAUGACCUCCAGAGAACGCGGCCUUGUAUCCAUGUCAUGGAGCCCAUAUUAUGGCACUAUGAAGAUGCGGCACAUCCUCAGCAGGCCACAAACUGGAGCGGAUUUAGACAUUUACUCACUCUCAUCCAGAAUCAAGCCGAUUUACUAAACCUUGGUCGAGACGUCGAAGGGGCUACGAGAACGGUUGCUGUACCAAAUGGCACACAGGCUGCCCCGGGGCUACCGUUCGAGUUAUGGAGUAAAAUACUGAGCUUGACGGGAGAUUGGGAGCUGGCUAAUGCAUUGGGUAUCGGAACCAAUCUUCCAAUACCAACGGAAUGGAACAUGCAGUCCGGCGGUUUGGGCAAUCCUUUACUCGUUUAUACCCACGAGCUGAACUGGACGAUCCUCUCGAGCAACACGGCUGCUAUAUGUGCGAAAUUAUCUGAAGCACCAGCAGAUUUCCACAUCUUGCCAGUGCUAGCUGUAAAACUGAUAAUACGAUUCGCCCUUGUCGAAGUCCUUGCUUAUCUGGAAGCCAAUCACCCGCGGCUGUUCAAGGCGUUUGAUGGCGCUUUCCUUCCAACAAAAGCAUCGGCAUACUAUCCCCAGAUCGAGAUUCUGGAUUACUGGAAAAAUAGCCGACAUUUUCAGAACCGACAUGUAUACGGUACAGAGGCCAUAGAUGGUGGGUCUAAAAACGGCCAUGUGCAAGUAUUGCAGUGGUGGAAGCAGUCGGGGCUACCCCUGCUGUAUACCAAAGUCUCGUUGGAACAAGCGAGUAGCAAUGGUCAUAUCCCGGUUCUUGAUUGGUGGCUAGAUACUGCAGCCCGAGACCAUAACAUUACCUUACACUCGGGAAGGUCGCUGCUAUGGGCCGCGAGAAAUGGCCACGCAGACGUGCUGCGCUGGUGGCAUGCUUCUGGGAUAAGUGUCGGAUACGAAGGCGGCGUAGCCUUGGUAGCGAGCAAAUAUGGGCACGUCCAUGUCUUGGAAACGUGGCGCAAGUUGAAAGGCGACGAAAAUGUCGUCUUUGAUGCGGAAGAAGUAAUCUUUACAGCAACAGCCUACGGACGAGUCGAAGUUCUGGAGUGGUGGCGCCAAUUUUCGCAGGGUCAGCUUGAUGAUAUGGAUGGGCAAGGGGUGGAAGUUGUCUUCCGAACGCAUAAGAUCCAAGAGGCCGUCAAGGGUAAUUCCGAACAUAAACUAGGAGUUCAAGAGUGGUGGUUUCGUUAUAGACUAAGUACGGGGAAUAGUUCUAGAGAAGGAUGGCCUCCCCAUCUACGUCUCUGA